UUUUUUUUUUCCUUCUCCUUUCCUGCUGAGCGAUUGCAAAAAGGAGCUUUUACGCUUCUGUUCAGCUGCGCUUUACCCUUAAACGUCUAUUCAUCUCACCGCCAUCGCUUCCUAUUUUGCACUCUGGAGUAAAAGGGAAAAAUAAAGGCAUAAUCGUUUAACCCAGCAGCAUCAUCAUCAUCAUCGCUGAAAGCAUCGUAUCGGAUAAAACAAGCAUCAAUAAGGAAAUCGGGAACGCAGGUUUGCAUUCCACGCCUCCUGCAUUCCAUGAACAGGAAGUGACGUAUCCCAGAAGUCCAACUUAAUGUUUCGUCCGUGUGCGCAUCUGACUAUAUUUUGAGAAAAUUGGUCACGUUAUUCUGAGUUCCAAUGCUGCUGUCUGCUGUGCCUCCUGUGUUCAAUCCUCCAGAGUUGUCUCGCUAAUGCAGGAGUUGUGUUACUGGCCAGAUCACCAGGUGAAAGCAGAGGGAAAAAAGCUAAGAAAAGAAAACUGAAGCAGCCACCACAUCUAAUGAUUGGUUCAGCAAUGAUCGAUCCAACUUUCUGUUCGUGGCACAACUUGAAAAGUUUCCACUAGAAAUGUUUUUUUCCAAUCAGUCAGUCAGGACCUGACUGGAUAAAUAUGGGAUGUGCCUCAGCCAAGCAUGUAUCUACAGUACAGAAUGAAGAGGAUACACAAAACGGCAAGAACUAUCAAAAUGGAGAUGCCUUUUGUGAUGAAUACAGAUUCAAACCAGUUGAAGAAGUCAAGUACAUGAAAAAUGGGGAGGAGGAGGAACAGAAAAUAGUAACCAGGAACCAAGAAAACCUGGAGAAAAGUGCCACUCAUAAUAUUCGUCCUAAAAACAGUAAUGAAGCGCAAGGAGCAGGGUAUCCAAAUCGAAUAAAUAUACAUAUUUCUGAAAGUCAACAAGAGUUUUUCAGAAUGUUGGAUGAAAAGAUUGAAAAGGGUCAUGAUUACUGCUCAGAAGAGGAGGACAUUACAUGAACACUACCUCCUGUGAAUAGUGUGUAAAUAUAUUUUAUGAUGCAUUACUCACUGGAUAUUUUUUACUGGACAGUGUAUGAAAAGAAGAUCUAAAUGGCAAAUCCUUGAACUGUAGUGUUCAAAGAGGACUACUGAACUAAAAUCGGACUACAAUACUGUAUCCUUGCACAUGCUUAUAAUUAUUUCAAUCAUGCCUGACUGUCAUCUGAAAGAAGCUGGCGUAUUAUUGUAAGAGAUUUCAAUGCUUCCAGAUUUCAAUGCUUCCAGUAUUUAGAAAGUUUAGUCCGUUGAAUGGUUAGAGUGCCCCGCACUGAGUUUUGUGUUUGAGAAAGAAGCGGCAGAGUUGAAUGUUGAUUUUUUUUUUUUUUUUUUUUAGCUUGGUGAAAGUUCUGGGGUACGUUCCUAACCUACUACUCCUUCCUGCUCUUUAUUUUUUCCAAAACAAAACAUUUAUCACACUCUGGUAACAUUUCAACCUGCAGUUUUGCUGCAUAGUCGUGUCGACAUCCGUUUACUUUCCCCAAUUUUUAUAUAUAUAAUAUAUACAGUAUAUAUAUUUUUAUUUUGCUAAAAUAAACAUUUGUGUUUCAUGUU